AUGUCAUCUUCUAGUCUUUCUCUUCGUAAUAAUAAUCUGAAUGAUAAUAAUGAUGAUGAAGAUUUCGUCGUUCAACCAGAAUCGAGCAAAAAACGAACAAGUUCACUAUCGUGUACUAGACAAUCAAAGAAACAUUGUUUAGAUGAAAAACCAAAGCCAUUAAUUCAUCGUAGUCAAACAGAUACAACUUUAUUAUCAUUACCAACUAAAACUCGUCAAACAUCAUUAUCAAUCAUUGUUUCAAACAGAAAUGAGGGCGGUAAUUCACAAUGGAAAUUAUCAACACAAUCAACAGAUGAAAAUAAGCAAACACCAAAAAAAGAAAAGAAGGUAUUUCCUAGCAUAAAAAGUAGAACAAUGUUAAAAGGGACUAGUACAAAAUCGAAACGUUCUUUAACGACAGCAGUGAUAUCAAAGUCUCAAUCAACAUUAAUUAAAAGUGAAUCUCUUGAUACAUCAUCUCUAUCAUCAGUCUCAUUAUGUAACACAUCUGACUCGACGACAAUUGUAGAACUAGAUGAUAAUUUUACAGUAGCUGAAGAUGAUCUCUUUUCGCAAUGGGAACCAGCCAAAUCAUCAAUAGAUUCAAAUGAUAGUCAAACAAAAUGUAGUGGAACAAGUGUACCACAAACAACCACAAUUUCUGUUAAUAUUGCUGAAAGUCGUUCAGUAUGGAAACAAAUAUUUUCAAAAAAACCAGUGGAAACGAACGAUGUGAAAGAAAUGAUGAAUGAAUUGAAAGAACAAUGGUCACAAAUGGAUAAGACUGUUCAAUCAAAUAAUCGAUUUUUUCCAUCUUCAACGACAAAAUUACCGGGACAAAAACGUGUUUGUCCAUUUUAUAAAAAAAUACCUGGCACAUCAUUUUCUGUUGAUGCAUUUAAUUUUGGUAUUAUCGAGGGUAUUCAAGCCUAUUUUUUGAGUCAUUUUCAUUCGGAUCAUUAUGGUGGAUUAAAUAAAAAAUUUUCAAAUUUAUUAUACUCAAAUCAGAUUACAUGUAAUUUAACAAUGAGUCAAUUGGGUAUAAAAAAGGAAUGUAUUCGUGUACUACCUAUGGAUACGUUUACGCCUGUUAAUGGAAUUGAAGUGGCUUUAAUUGAUGCAAAUCAUUGUCCAGGAUCCAAUAUGUUUUUAUAUCGUUUCCCAGACGGUAAACAAAUAUUACAUACAGGUGAUUUUCGUGCAUGUAAAACACUUGAAAAUCAUCCACUUUUACAACCAAAACAAAUCGACACAAUCUAUUUGGAUACAACAUAUUGUGAUCAAACUUACCGGUUUCCACCUCAAGAUGAGAUAAUUAAUAAAUGUGUCGAAUUAGUUUUAAAUUCGUUAGAGGAAAAUCCCAAAACAUUGAUAAUAGUUGGAACAUAUCUUAUUGGAAAAGAAAGAAUAUUUCAUGCCAUUGCAACAGCACUCGAUUGUAAAAUUUAUGUUGAACCUCGUAAAUAUCGUAUACUAAAUCUAUUAGAAAUACCCGAUUUAUCUCGUCGAUUGACAACAAAUCCAAAUGAAUCUAAUUUACAUAUUGUUGGAAUGGGAAGCAUCAAUUAUAAAACACUACGAUCAUAUCUGGACAAUAAUUCGAGACAAUAUGAGAAAAUAAUUGGUAUCAAACCAACAGGCUGGACAACACCAAAAAGUGGCUCAAACUAUUCGAUUGAAACAAAAACAAAAGAUGUCGUUAUCUAUGGUAAGUAAGAGCAUAGUUAAUGUCAAAAUUACAGGCGAUACAUAUUACCAAAUGUUGACUAGAUUGAAUUUGAGAUAUUGUAUUUGUUCAAGUGUUAGAAAUUUCCAAAAUUGUAAUAGCUAUGGCUUUUAAAUUCAUAUUUAUUUAAUUAAAAUUAAACACAAAAUAUUCAAAUUAAGAAAUUAAAAAAAAGGUCGACAUGUCAAAAAUUAUAGUUUUCAUUCUCAAGACAGUAAAACGUUUUACACGAUGUAAAGUUAAAAUGAGUGUGAAUGUAGAAAUGAAGAGAGAGCGAAAGAGACGCCUAUUCAUUUUUCUAGAUCUUACAGCAUACACGAGACAACAAGCGUGAAAAUACCUUGAGAUGUUAUUAUAUUAUGUUGUUAAAAUGAAGAAUUAUUCUCCUUGUAACAAUUUUUUUGAUCGAAUAAUUGAUGAAAACCAAUGAUAUUAAAAAAAAAUUGAUAAUACUUUACCUAUAAAACGUCUACAUACAACUUCUGCCUCUAAUUUAUUUUCUAAUACUUCUUCUCAAAUAAUAACUGUAAGUGUUUCUCAAAGAAAAUCAAAAAAUGUUAAAAACCGUUUUUCAUCAUACCAAGAUGAUUCUAAAUUACGGUGUUCUUCUCGACUUGCUAAUAAAAGGGCUAUGGCAAAUAAACAAGACGAUGACGACACAGCUCAAGAUCAAGACCGGAUAAGGUGGCGAAGCCGGGGGGGGGAA